UGGAGCUGGACGCGACGCAAAUGGAAAAGGAAAACAUUAACGCGAAAAGCAGGGAAAAUGUGCUGUAAAAUCCGCGCCGUUAGCCUGCAGGUGCAAGUCCGCGACGCCCGGGAGUGCCAGUGACAAGUGCGCGAUGAAAUAGGUGCGGGAAAACAAACGGAAAACAGCAGCGAAAAGCAAAGCUCCGGACCCAGUACACCGCCCCCUCCGUCGCCACCCCCGUCCCACGUCGUGCAGCCAGCAACGUCAGCGGGCCAGAGAGCGGCGGGCGUUGCUAAAUAAUUUCUCCGGGGCGCUCCGCUGGACAAAAGUGCUAUUCGUUGGCGUGCGCGUAUAAAUAAAUAGCUGAAAAAGGCGAAAAGGCCAGAAAAUCGGGCAAAGAAGGCUGAACGAGAAAAUCUGAAAAAUCAGCGAAUAGAAAGUGUAUACAGACUCUCACACAUGCCUGUGCCGCCGCCUGCAUUUGUGUUGUUCGUGUGAUGUGUGUUGGUGUGUGGAAUACCAGAAAACACAAGGUGCAAAAUGUUUACCAAAAAGUCCCAUGCGGAUGUGAAGAAAUCCACGGCCAAGUUGCAGGACUGCAAGAAAGAUUCCGCUUCCCGGUUGCGACACCUACGCAUGAUAUUAGAUAAUGUGGAGCUAGAGGAGUCCAAGUCGUUGUUCGAGACCAAUUACAGUCAUGUAUAUUUUAUACUCUACGACACCUUCAUUCAAGCCGAGGCCAAUCUAAAGCAAAAAGAACUUCCGUUUCACAUUGUUCACAAGGCGCAUCGCGAGGAGCUGGACGGUUCGCUAUGGCUUCUCGAGAAGAUCUUGUGUCUGCUGCCGGAGCUGUUGGCCCGUCGUUGGCAAUGCCACUCCCUCAGUCGCAUCAUGGCCAAGCUGCUGCAUCUGGGCAACUCGCCGAAACUAAGACGCGAGGGCGUUCGGUACUUUCUGCUAUGGUAUCAGACCCUGGGAGAGAAUGCCCCCGGCUAUGUGCACGCCAUGUACGCGGAUCUCAUACCCGGCCUCAUUGUCCCCCAGAAGGGCGUCACCGGCCCGGACACGGAGUUCAGUGCCUCGGACUUUCUCACGCAUCCCAACAUGAAGGCGGACGGAGGCAUGGCCUCGGUGUUCCACGACAACGCCUUCUCUCACCCGGUGCAGAGUUCGGAGGUGGUUGCUUUACUGCCGCCAUCGUCCAGCGAGAAGUCAGCGCCACCGGAUCCCCGGGACGGGCUGGAGGUGCUACUAAACAGCAUGGUGCAUACGGCGGCCUGUCUGCGAUGGCGUGACAAUCGCGCCCAGAAGGAUCACCGGGCGUUUGCCUUCCUGCUGCAGCGCUUCAUGGAUGUCUUCCUGCCCGUCUUUUCGCCCAACUUCGAUGUUACCUGCUCCAUCUACAGUCCGCGUCUAGAUUUGCCCGUGAUGCGGUCGAUCAACAAAAAGGAGGAGGUGAUGGCCUCUUGUGUAGUAGUUCUCAUCAACUGGGUGUCUCGAUUCACACACGAGCGCCUGUUGAGUCACCGCCUGGACUGCACCCUGCACCUCGAGGAGGUGGAUAAUGUGCGACUGCAAGGCUACCAGCAGGGACUGAUCGUCCGGGAUGUGUUUUACGUUAGUCGGGAGAACAUCAACUUUGUGCAUGAGGUGUAUCGUCAGGCGUUCCUCCUUAACUUCACCUCCAAGCCGCAGAUCGAGGCGAUCCGGACCGCCAUCGCUGUGUACAGGGAUUGGAUGACGGGCGAGACGCCUCCACCGUUCCUGCUGGAGCCGAAUGACGAUCCACCGCCUCCGUCAACGGCGGGCGGGACACCGCGUAGUCAGCGAUUGCGCACACCCUCCUAUGUGGGCGCCAUGGCGGGCUCCAAGGAUCAGCAGGCAGUGCGUGCUGGACGGCAAAAUGUUCUGCAGGUAUUCGUGACCAAUGCGGCUAACGUGUUCCUGGUGAGCACAGCCAACCUGAACAUCUGUUUCCCCGGCCGCUCACGCACCUAUCGCUCCACGCCGCUGGAAGAGCAGACGGAGAUCUGCAAGAAGGUGCUGAAUGUGUACCGCACCAUGGUGAUGAACACCGAGAUGGACUCGCGGACCUGGGAGCAGCUGCUGCUAGUGCUGUUGCAGGUAACCUCGGUGGUAUUGCAUCAGAAUCAGCCAAACGGCGGUGGCACCCCCAAGAGCGGUACCCUAGGUGGGAUUUUAGGGUCUGCAAUCUUCCAAACCCUGAUUGUCACCUGGAUACGAGCGCACACAAAGGUCCCAGUGAAUGUACAGCUGUGGGAGAAGUUCCUCAAUGUCCUGCAAUCGCUGACGCAUCGGGAGGAGCUAAUCGUGGAGUGGAACAAGACCAUACAGACGCUGACGCGGGUCUUUUCGCGAUACAGUUACGGCAUCAACUUGUUGGACCUGCCCCUGGAUCGGGUGGCGGAGAGUCGGGCCGAGAAACGGCGUCGCAUCGGCAGCGUCUGGCAGGGAUCGGGAGCUAGCACUGGCGGAGGCAAUGCCGCUAUUUCGGCAGCCAACUCAGGCCAAAGCCGGCAGCGGGAGUCGCUGGCAGAGUCGAAUAGCAGUCGUUCGGAGGAGACCUCGUCUUCGCAGGUGCCGCUCCAACACCAACCAAACCGGACGCAUCACCAACACACACAGUCACAAGGAGGUGCGGGCCAGGGCUCAAGACCCGUGCCACUCACGCCCAUGCUGAGUCGAAGCUACAGCGAAGGUAGCCUGGCCUCGGCGGCCAGGAAUUCGGCGCGGAUAAGACGCCGCAGGGCAGCCCCUCCGCCAAAGCCCAAACCCCUCCAACAGCAGCAGCAGCCGCCACACGGAGAGAACCGCAUAAACGCGCAAGACUUGCGCCGGGCCAUGUCCCUAGACUCGCUGGCCAGGAAGAGCAGUGAUGCCGCCGAGGAGACUGACUUGGAGGGCGACAACGAAAGCGGAGCGGGCUCCCGGAGUCCCUCGCCCACCGCCAGCAGUGGGAUCGAAGGGGGUUCCAUCAAGGAUGCCCAACUGCAGAUCGAUGCCAGCUUGGAUGACGCCAAUUCGGGGAGCUACGGCAGUGGCAGCAACUCGGGGAGCCUUUCCGGCCGUCGCUGCAUUAUCCUGGGUGGCUCGGCGGAGGGCUGGCAUCCCGAUUCCACCUCCAUUAUGUGGAAACGCAUGCUGGGCGCUCUGGGUGAUGUAAAUCGCAUCCCCAAGCCAGAGCUGCAUGCCCAAGUCUUCAUGCAUCUGCUGGAGAUGACACAGAAUCUGAUCAAGAUCAAGCAGAACCAAGGCAUAUCCUCGGAUAAUCAAAGCACGCCACCGCCUCCGACUUUGGUUCCACCGAUUGGGAUCGUGGCGCCCUGGUGCUACGGCUCCCUCACGCUGGAUAGAUCCUUCAAGAAGGGGAAGUUGUGGGCCCUCCAGCUGCUCUGCUCGCUGGCUAUUCAAGGAGGCACCGUGGGAAUGCAGCAGCAGUUACCGCUUUUCUAUCACGCUCUCCACCAGUUGCUGACCGGUGAGGAUCGGGAUUUGAUUUAUGCUAUCCUCAAGCACCUGGAAGGUCCCCGGUUGCUUAGCCUACUGCUUCCCGGGCACACCCUCCUCUUGCUGGACUUGGUGCACGCGAGUGCUAUACUUCUCACUUCCCUGGAGGUCUCCCGGAGCACACCCCGGGCCGAGGUGGCGGCACUGCUGGGCUCACUGCUCUGCUAUCCGUCCUCACUGCUACCGCGUCCCGUGUUGCAGCCCUCGCCUCAGAAGUUCGAGCUGAUGGAGUGCCCGGAUCUGCAGGAUCACAUCCUAAACAUUGUGCUGAGAUGUGCCAGGCGGGAGCCCUCGUCCAGGGCGCGGUGCAUUGCCCUCGCCCAGCUGGGGCAGUGGCUUCUUCUGCGUCUCUCACAGCCUUCGUUGGGAGCCUCAACUGCCGGCAAGGGCCAUCUCUUCCAGCAGGCGGUACCGCAUCACAAGGAUGUCCAGCCCAAGGAGACGCAGGUGUUCAAUCCGCGCAUCAAGGAAGUGCUUCAGGUGCUUCUGCAGGCACUGCAGUUCAAGCAUCAUACCAUCGCCAUGGUGGCCGUAGAUUCACUGAAACUCUGCGCGGAGCGUGGCCGUCAGCUAGCAGCCAUCGAAAGGGUUCCUCAUCUUAUAAUCACCGCGCUGUGCAAGGCCCUAGAGAUCCAGAACGUGACCAAGCCCAGGGACUCGGACAAGGUGGUGCUGACAUCGCUGAUGCUUUGUUUGGGUGAAUUCUGCAUGGCAAUACCAGUAGCUAUACUGCUGGCUCCGUUCAAUGAUCAGGGCGAUACCCUAGUGCUUCAGGUGCUUCGAGUACUUCUCCAGGUGGCCUCCGGAGCCCCACGCCACGAAAGAGUGAAGCUGACGGCGGACGACGACUUCGACAUGCACAUUACCCAUGAUGAUUUGCAGGGUGAUGGCCGUCUGCCCGAAGCCACUUAUCAGACGUCGGAGACCAUCUACAAGUGCAUCUCGGCCAUCAAGCUGUGCGCCAAGGCGGUUUCCAUGCACCUUGUGACCCACAUCGGUCACUUUCCCAUGGGGAUCGGGGCCUCUCGUCUCAGUUCUAUGGUGGAGGAGCAGGAUGACAUUGGAGGCGCCGCUUAUGGAGGUUCGGUGGAAGCUAGACGUGAUUCUGUGGAGCUGCCUUCAGUGGUGAGUGCCCAGAACAUGCAACUCUUCAUGCUCAACUCGGGCCUAGUGGCCAGCUUCAUAGAGUUGCCCACCCUGAAACUUCCUGGAGGUGGAAUAACUGCUGGUCUGGUCACCGCCGAGAAGCAAGUGAGGGUCCUGAUGCGGGAUCUCAAUGGCAAGGCCUGCUGGGAUGCGUCCAUUCUGUACUCGGAGCCUCGUAAGUCGGAGGAAGCGCCUCUUAGUAGAGCCACUCCGAAGAUUCAGCACUCCCAUCCGCUGGAUUCCAUGGUGUCCUCCAUGGUGGCCCAUGAGCUGCAGGCACCGCGCCACACUUUGCGUCAUCGCCCAGCUGGAGUGCUGCCCUUGGCCCAGGAUAUGGCGCCGGAUCUAGACCAGCUUGACGAUAUGUUGGCCUACAUCGGACACACCAGCCCCGAGUGCGUGCCGCCCACAGUUGGCCAGCUAAAUGCACCGAGUAGCAGUCCCCUUAGUGGCAAUCAGGAGGCGCAGGCCAUUUCAGUGAUCCUGAACCAACGCCUCCUCGAGCAAGAGUAUGUGACGCACUCGGCGCAGGCUCCCUUGCCCGCCCUACGGCAUGCCAGCUCCAUUACUUCGUUGCCAGACCAGAGGUCCAUACACUCGGCUAGCGCCUCCUUUGAUUCCCUUCCCACCCGCACCGAGAUGCCCUUCCAGUACUGCCGGCUGCUCUUCUCCCAUUUGGGCCUGGCUGGUUGGGAGCGACGCUCCCGAACGCAUCUGCUGCAGAGGAGCGAGAAACUGAUGCGGGAGCUGCGUAACGUGGACCUGCAAAAGUGCCGGGAAACGCACAAGAUGGCGGUGAUCUAUGUGGCCGCCGGGCAGGAGGACAAGGGCAGCAUCCUCCGGAAUACGAGCGGCAGCAGCACCUACGAAAUGUUCGUCUCUGCUCUCGGCUGGGAGAUCGACCUGGAGACACACAAUGGCUUCCUGGGAGGAUUGCCUCGUCAGGGAUGUGGCGCCACGGCUCCGUACUACGCCACACCCUUCCUGGAGGUUGUGUACCAUGUGGCCACGCGGAUGCCCUCGGAUUCGUCGGAGGCCAUGCUGCUGAAGACGCGGCAUCUGGGCAACGACGAGGUGCACAUCGUAUGGAGCGAACAUCAUCGCGAUUACAGGCGGGACAUCCUGCCCACCGAGUUCUGCGACGUUCUCAUUGUGGUGUAUCCCCUGAGGAACGGCCUCUUCCGGGUUACGGUUAACAGGAAGCCCGAGGUGCCGUGGUUCGGGCCGCUGGCCAACGAAAGCGUGGUGAGUGGCGCCUGCCUGGCCACCCUGAUCCGGGCCACGGCCAUCAAUGCCAGUCGGACGAAGCGCGCAGCACUGCCGCUCUACCAACAAUUCUAUGAGGAGCGUAACCGUUCACUAGACAGCGUCUCAUCAAGGUACAAGGAGAGCACCACCUUCGAGGACUUUGCCAGCCGCAUAUACAAUCCCAUGCCGCUGUCCACGCUGGGCACUUUGAGGGAAUCCAAUGCCAGCAGCACCUCGGCUGCUCCCCUAGCCUCGGCUCUGCUGGAUCAUAAUCGAGCUUCCGUUAAGGGUUGGGUUCAAGCCUCCAUUGAUUCCGCACCGAUAAUGGGAAUAGUGCCUUCGGCCUCCGCUGGAUCAACGGCUGCAAUGGAGGCAGCCACUGGAAUGGCCUCCGCUUCGCCGCGUGGGCCCCGAAAGUUGGGAGCGCCGUUCAAGAAUGUGACCAAGAAGCACUCCCUGCAGCAGAUCGUCGUGGGAGGUGGAGCCGGCGCCGGUGGUGAUACGCCACCUGAGAGUCCGACUUUGCCGCAACGACGUUUUAAAUAAAACUUGUCUCUUUCCUCCGAUUCCGGUACUAACUGCACACCCAUUCCCGCCCUUUCACCGAUGCAGAGACAAAUGGAGAGAGAGUUAUAAAUGCAAAAACGAAUAGUAUUUUCGCUCUAUGUUAAUUAUUGUAAUUAUUAUUUCUCGGUGUAUUUAAUUUAUUCUCGCUUCUACUCUCUAGUUUCCAUUUCCCUCAGAUAACACUGUGUUGUAUUUGCUUUGCGAAUUUUACCUAGCUUAAAUGGUUCAUUAUUCUUUUUACAUAUUUAUUGAUAGAUCGAUCCGUUUGCUAUCCGUUAAGUAAUCGGAGCACCUAUGUUGUGAUGUUAACGAAUUAUCGGAGCUCUAAGCAUUCGAGUGCAUUUACUCUGCUUCAGUGCUAAGCGUUUAAUCCAUUUGCAAUCUGUUAUCCAUAAUUAAUUAUUAUUAUUAGAACUAUAAUAUUUUACCAAUGUAUGUCAUAUAUUUUACACAACGUUUGGCAGCUUGGAAGCUUCGAAAAAUUCGAAAUUUCUUUUAGGUCUCUAUUCGCACAAAAUUUAUAGAUUUUGCUUUUUUUUUAUUUUUUUUUUUUCCUAAAAUGUCAUUGUGUCAAAAAGUAAUAACUUAAAGUAAAAAAAGAAGUGCAUUAAAUAUUUAUAAUUAAUAAUCCUUGUUUCUAACAUUAUUGUAAAAGGUAUUACUAUGACACAUUUUUUUUAUUUAAUUAAAUUAAAUCUAUAUUUGAUUUAAAAAUGUGCAUUAUAGUAUUAUGACAUGUUUUGUAUAUGUAAUAAUCACAUUUUUGGUAGUGAUAACUUUUAGAAUAAUGAAAGAAGAAAAUAUGCAAGAAUAAUCAAAAUUCGAACAUAGGAACCACAACUUGCUCUGCCCAUUCAAAAACAAAACGUCAACUCCUAGUAUUAUGUAAUCGAGCUAUAUUAAUGUAUAGGUAGCCUUAGAGUUAAGUUUCCUAUAUCCCAACCCUACCAAAAUGUCGAUGGCAAUCGUAACUAGGAGUGCGAGUCUUAGAGAGAAAAGCAAACCAAGCAAAAACAAAAGAGUAACUACAAAUUGUUCAAACCAAUCGCCUUUUAUUUGUGUGUAAAAACUGAAAUUGUUACCUUAGAUGAUUUAUUAAGUAAUAUUAAUCAGUUUUGUAUUCUCACUGCGAAUUGUUUUCAACGAAAUUCGAUCAAAUUGAUAGAUUUACACGAUAUAUUUAUAUAUAUUUACACCAACCAGCGUACAUACGUAUAUGUUAAUUUUGUAUUUAUGUAAAGCGGGCAACUGAAAGUUAAUUGCAAUGCCUUUUUGUUGCACAAAUGUUUUAAUAUAUGAGAAAUCCGUAGGCUAAUUACCACAAAUAACCGUAAGCAAACUUUUUUGUAUAAAACCAAUAAAUCGAAAAGUAAAUUAAAGCUAUGUGAAACUUGUAA